CUUGGCUUAUCAAAAAGAAGAUAUGAAAACUAAAGUAGAGAUACAAUUUCUGAUACAAUGAUGGAAACAUCCAAUUAUCCGGCAUCUUCAUUCCCCUGGGACCAUAUUAUGCCUUCAUUGCUUUCAGGUCGGAUACUCCAUUUUCCCAAGUUCUCUGCAACUUCUAAUGAAUCCAAUUCCAGUAAACAAGUUAAAUUUGCAAAGAAAAGAAUCCCAAAUUCUGUAACUCCUCUUCGCCGUGCAGAUUCUGACAGUCCUCUAAGGAAAACCCAGAAGCUGAAUUUGGAAGUUUCUCCUCAUAGAGCAGUGUCUGCAGUUAGAUUGAUGCGUAUAGAGCUGGGUGGUGCAUUUGCUGAUCUUCUGAAUGAGCAAGGGAAGGGUUCAGGGGAUAAUGAAAUGGGAUAUGUUGAAAGAACUCUUGGGUUUCGCACCCGUGACUUAGACGACAGAGAUUUAAGACUGGUCACAGAGGUUGUUGGAGGUACCAUUCGCUGGAGAAGAUAUCUUGAUCACUUGAUUCUUUCGUUAUGCCACGAUGAGCGUACAUUCAUAAGGAUGGAGCCUCUUCUAGUACAGAUUCUUCGAAUUGGUUUCUAUGAGAUCACCAAGUUAGAUAUGCCACCAUAUGCUGUUGUAGAUGAGAGUGUAAGGCUCGCAAAGGUUGCUCUUAGACCAGGUGCUGGUAAUUUGGUUAAUGGGAUUCUCAGGAAACUAGUAGUCCUUAAGGAGAGUGAUUCCCUUCCGGCAGUGAAAGUGGACGGUGAUGAUCGUCAGCAAGCACGUGGUCUUGCCACUCUUUACUCUCAUCCAGUUUGGAUGGUAAGAAGAUGGACAAAGUAUUUUGGACAGGACGAAGCUAUUAAGCUUAUGACAUGGAAUAACAGCUAUCCCAGUUUCAGUCUAAGGGCAAAUACCAGGAAAGGUUUGACAGGGGCUGAUCUGGUCGCAAGGCUUAAAAUGUUGAAGGUCCCACAUGAGCCUUCUCUAUACUUGGAUGAUUUUGUUCGUUUAAAAACUGGAAUGCAGAAUGUUAUACAGGCUGGGUUAUUAAAAGAAGGCUUCUGUGCAGUCCAGGAUGAAAGUGCUGGAUUAGUAGUCUCUGUUGUUGAUCCACAACCUGGUGAGAACAUUAUUGAUUGUUGUGCUGCUCCAGGAGGAAAAACCUUGUUCAUGGCAUCCCGUUUGAACGGCCAAGGUAGAUUAUUUGCCGUUGACGUAAAUGAAGGUCGCUUGCGGAUACUCAGAGAGACAGCCAAGUUGCACCAAGUUAUUGAUGUUAUCAGUACUAUCCAUGCUGAUCUUCGAACUUUUUCUACCAAUAAGGUUGUAGAAUGGGAUAAAGUUUUGCUGGAUGCACCUUGUUCAGGGCUGGGUGUUCUUUCUAAGCGAGCAGAUUUGCGUUGGAAUAGGAGACUGGAAGAUAUGGAGGAACUUAAACAUUUACAGGAUGAGCUUCUCGAUUCAGCUUCCAGGUUGGUGAAGCCUGGUGGAGUGCUAAUAUACAGUACAUGUUCCAUUGACCCUGAAGAGAAUGAGGAAAGAAUUGAAGCUUUUCUUUUAAGGCAUCCAGAAUUCAACAUUGAUCCUGUGAACAAAUAUGUGCCGGAGAAUUUUGUUACUAAACAAGGUUUCUAUAUGUCUAAUCCUGUGAAGCAUGAACUUGACGGAGCCUUCGCAGCUCGUUUGGUUAGGUCUCAAUAAAGCCAGAAUGAGGAGCAUGUUUCAGUUUUCACAAAUUUUUAGUAUGUCGCCAGAAAGCAUCUUUAGGACAGAGGGCUCUUUUCCGCAGACAAUCAAGUUGUUGUUUUUAUGCCUUUCCUUUCAGCAUUAGAGUCGAGACCAUCUUUUGUCAUGUAUUUCUCAGGUUGGUCACUCAAUGCCUUAAAUGCAAUCCAGCCUUCGGGUUUGAGAGCUCAAGGUCAUCAUCAUGUGGUAUAGCAAUCAUAGAAGUUAAAAGCAUACUGCGGCAAGAUGAAAUAUCAUUUUAAAUGGAAUUCUGGUGGCCAGUUGCUGAGAGAUGCGAUGCAGAGGUGGCACGCUGUAUUGCUCUCGUCCACAGGAAUCUGAGGUGUGAAACAUCUCGAUGACUACAAGGUAAUUUCUGGGUCUUUUUCUUCGCCCCUUUGCAGAACCUCGCCUGUGUAUCAAACUGUGGGGAAGACACACGAAGGAGACUAAUGUGGUUCCUCAAUUACAAAAUGUGAAGAGGCGGGAUUGUCCGAGUGAAGAAGUUUUGGCUGCAAAAAUAUAUGUAUUCCGAACUGUAUAGCUGAACCAGAGUUUUGUCUUAUAAUCGAUAUUGGUGUAUAUGAACCAUAACUCUUUUCUGUUUACUCUAGUGUCACUAAGUUUUCAGAUUAUAAAAUAGGGUAAUCAUCCGACUCCGAUACA